AUGAAUAGCGAACCGACACCGGGACUCUCAAUGGCAUCGCAUUUUAUGACGGCGGAUAAUCAGGACCAGUACAAAGGACGUAAGUCAAAUGUAAUGGCCGACAACGCAGGUUUAUGCGUUCGAGAUUAGACUAGGAGCAGAGGGGGAUUCACCUGAAUUAGAUGAGGGUCGAAUUUAGGGAUUAAUGUAAGAGCAGAUGCUCUCCGAUUCGUUGCCUUUACUCAUCAGUUUCAAUUCAUUUCUGCUAAGAGUUCUGUAAGCAAAUUUUUCGGACACGAGAACUAAUAGUUUCUUGAGGAAGAUAAAUAAUUCGUGUCUCGUACUUUUUGUGACACGCAUUAACGCAUUCAAUUCGGGCUUGUUUUCUAAUAAAUGCGCGAAUUUCAGUAUACGCAAUGAAUCGGCUGAGUGUUGCCAAUCUGCUGAGUUCACCAUCGCCGGUAGUGCAAGUUGGUACGGACUGGCAGAAUAUGGCCAUGGAAAGAUGUAAGUUUCACAGAUUCCGUUUUUAAAGUCAAGUUUCAAGUUUCAGUGAAUACUGGUGCUCUAUUGCCUCAAUUACUCCAAAAUCCGUGGGCGGUCAACUUCUGGGUUCAGUUCCAAAAUGCCCAAUUACAACCUCACUUGCCAUAUGCCACAUUGGCCCGGAGUCUUGUCGCCGACAACCCGCUUGAUUUGAGUAAUAAGGUAUGUUGAAGUGUGACGAAACGCAGCGCACCAAUUAAUUUUAGACGAUGAAUUUCCUUCAGAAAAUGGGAAUCUUCAAUGUGAAGGCGGAAGAGGAGGAUGGAAAUGUGACAGAAAAGUACGCAGUUUUGACUUGACCAGUCACUAACUAGUAAGGGAUAAUUUUAGGUCGAAUGAUGAUUGUCUGAGCAAAUCGAACUCAAACAUUUUGAGGAGGAACUAUACUGUUGAAGAUUUGACGCAGGCAGUCGAUGAUAUCCGGCAAGGAAAGCUUGGAACCAGAAGGUUUGCUCUCCUCUUUCAUCACAAUCAAAUCUAUUUUCAUUGUUUCCUCUUCAGAGCCUCCGUGGUGUACGGUAUUCCCCGAUCCACUCUUCGCAACAAAAUCUAUAAACUGGAAGCGGAAGGCGCGAUUCCAUCGAAAGUUCGUCGCGGCAAAAUUGCGGCCCGGAGAGCCGAAGCCGAGCAAAAAAGAUGUGGUGGUGACGCGGCAGUCGCGGCGGCGACUUUAUUGGACGCGUUCGGCAAUCAAUCUGACUCAUCUUCCUCCUCUCCGCAUGCAUCGAUGUGCCCGAGCUCACCUGACAGCACAAACAGUAGUGUGGAAGGGGCUGUCGAGACGCCCGAGACCGAAAGCAAGGUUGCAACAUAAUCAUCGAGAACCCGAUGAUAAAGAUACCGUGUUAUUCCAGAAGUCGUGCUCUCCUCUUGACCCUAAAUGGAUCGAAUCUAUCUGGCAGAACCUGUUCAAAAGCCAGAACAACAACUUGAGCUCUGAGAGAACCCAGAAUGAAUCUCCGAUUGAGUCUCACUCAUCCACUCCGGUUCCCGUGAAACAGUCAAAGACAAAUGAUGAGUGGAAAAGAAGUCGACCAAAAAGAGGACAAUAUCGGUUAGUGAUCUCUUUUCUUAGUUACACAAGUCUGGAUUUUCAGGAAAUAUGACAAAAACGCUCUAGAUGAGGCUGUGCGAAGCGUUAGACGUGGUGAAAUGAGUGUACACCGAGCGGGUAGUUUUUUUGGAGUUCCACACUCAACUCUUGAAUACAAAGUCAGUUUUUGUCAUCCAAUAUGGGAGUAAUAAGAAAUCCUAGGUCAAAGAACGGAAUCUCAUGAGGAAAAAGAAGGAUAACAUCGGCAGUCAGGACUCGUCGGCCAGUGAAGAAAGCAAUCAAGUGGUGACUUCAACCAACUCGGAAAAGUCCGACACACCACCACAAACAUCCACUCCAAUUCUUACUUCUGCCUCGUUUUUUGUAGCGUGA